AUGAGCGACUUGGAUAAGGCUAUUGCACAGCUGCGGGAAUGUCGGCCAAUACCAGAAUCACAGGUCAGGGAAUUAUGCUAUAAAGCGCGAGAGCUGUUGGUGGAGGAGGGAAAUGUUGUAACAGUCACAGCACCUGUAACGAUAUGUGGCGAUAUCCACGGCCAAUUUCACGAUCUCAUGGAGCUCUUCCGAGUUGGCGGCGACGUCCCGGACACAAACUACCUCUUUAUGGGCGACUUUGUCGACCGUGGUUUCUACAGUCUCGAAUCAUUCUUGCUUCUCCUCUGCCUCAAGGUCCGCUACCCAGACCGCAUGACGCUCAUCCGUGGAAACCACGAGUCGCGCCAGAUCACCACUGUAUACGGCUUUUACGAUGAAUGUCUGCGCAAAUACGGUUCCGCAAAUGUGUGGCGCUACUGCUGCGACGUCUUCGACUACCUUGCCUUGGGUGCGAUCGUCCUCAACGCCUCCGCCACCUUGCAGCCUAACGACAAGAUCCCCAUCCGCCCACAAGCCCCAGAAAUAACCAACACCGAGGACUAUGAUGAGGCAGACAUCGAGAUCGAAGUCCUCAACUCAGAGGGCGGCAUCCUCCACCGCUUCCCCCGCAAGGGAAGCAAACGAAACGACGUUCUUGUGCGCACUCCUCCUGCCUCCACUACGCCAACCAAGACCGGCCCUCCCGGCUCCGGCGCCUCAGCCCACAGCAAUGGCACCUCCGGUAACAACUCCACCGCCGUAUUCUGCGUGCAUGGUGGGCUCAGCCCCCUCGCCGAAACUCUCGACAAGAUCCGCCUCAUCGACCGCAAGCAGGAAGUUCCACACGAGGGCUCCAUGUGCGAUCUUCUGUGGUCCGACCCGGAGGACAUCCAGGGCUGGGGUCUCUCGCCUCGCGGGGCCGGUUUCCUCUUCGGCGCCAGCACGGUGCAGAACUUCAACCACGCGAAUAACAUCUCGAUGAUUGCCCGCGCGCAUCAGCUUGUUAUGGAGGGCUUCAAGGAGAUGUUCGACAACACCAUCGUCACGGUCUGGUCCGCCCCGAACUACUGCUACCGCUGCGGGAAUGUGGCGGCUAUUAUGGAGCUCGGUGAGGAUGGUGGCGGCGGGGACGGCGUGCUGGCGAGGAGUAACGGCGAGGUUGGCCGCAGUGCCGCCCUGCAGCAGGGUGUUCUGGAUGAGAACGCCGUGAGCCUCAACCAGGGGCCGGCGAGGCGAUACCGAGUAUUUCAAGCCGCUCCGCAAGAUUCCCGAGGCAUGCCGGCUAAAAAACCUCAAAUUGAAUAUUUCUUGUAGUGUAAUAGCACCUAGAUAAUGAACUAAUGAAUACAAAUAAGAAGCUAUUGCCAUCUUCAAAACAUCCCAGCAACCCUCAAAUAGACAUUGUCGAUUCGUACUUGCUCGAGCAUCCCAUAGCAAAUCCUUCUUCGUAAUUAUGCAACCUCAUAAACCUCGUAACUAGACACCGUCUAUUCGCACUUGUUCCAUCAUUCCAUAGCAAAUCUAGUCUCAUAAUCAUAUAAUCAUGUAACCUCAUAAAUGGACACCGUCAGUCCGGACUUCUCAGAGAAUCAUGCCACCUCAUCAGCCUCGUAAUCAUCCUCGUUCCCAUCCACGUCCCCAUCCUCAUCCCCAUCCUCAUCCUUUAUCUUUCUAGUCCUCGUCUUCUCUAUAUUCUACAACCACUCGGUGUUGGGGUUUUCCAACCUUACAAGCACUGGCAUAAGAUAGCUGUUCAAGAGGCUAUAAGAGUCUAGACCUUGAAUAUAACAUUCCUUCCUUCCUUCGCGAUUUACCAAAGAUUAGAGAGAAUAUGUUCAAGCAUAGAACUAUUAUUCAUGCAUUUGAGUGCAGGAGUAUGGUAGGACUCCACUUCCCCUACGUGCUCUAGGCGUUCCUAUAGUUGACAGAUUUGCUCGCCUGUUUCCCUUAACUUGAGUGUAAUGGUGGGUGCACCAGAUAUGAGAAUCUAGCCACACCCAAGGAAGGGAUGAAUUUACUAAGACAACACACUGUCUUAGGAAACAGAGCCAAAGGGUUGUAGC